GGCCGGCCAGCGCGGCAUGGAGGCCGGCGAGGCGGCCUGGAGCCCGGCCGCCCUGAGGCGCAGGCUGCAGAGCUCGCAGGAGGCGCAGCACCGGCAAGCGGUGCUGGUGCAGAAGCUGCAGGCGAAGGUACUGCAGUACCGGACCUGGUGUCGAGAACUGGAGCAGCGACUGGAAGCAGGAGGGGGACCCCUUCCAGACAGGUGGGAAGUCACAGAAGACCAUAGCCUGGAGAAUGCGUUGUUCCAGUUAGAAGAGGAGCAACAAAGGUGUGAAAGUCUGGCUGAAGUGAACACCCUCUUGCGGGAGCACCUAGAUAAAGCAAAUGAGGUGAAUUCAGCUCUUAAAGAAGAUGUUGGAAAACUGACAGCAGAUUGGAUGAGGGCCCGGGAGGAGCUGGAAAUGAAGGAGAAUGAAUGGCGCAAUGAACGUGAGUUUUAUGACAGCUACCUAAAAGGUGAACAUAAUCGUCUUCUCAGCCUGUGGCGCCAGGUGGUGACCUUCCGCCGUUAUUUCCUAGAAAUGAAGACUGCCACUGACAGAGAUUUGUCAGAACUGAAAGCAGAGCAAAUGAGGCUUUCCGGAUCUAUACUUGUCAGCUGCUUCCGGCUAAAUUCUGGCAUACAGCUCUGGGAGUCCUUCACUUUGGGAAGACCUGUCUUAAAGGAUCAGGCACAGAAACAGGUGGAAAAGGAAAUAAAUCAGAAGACCCAGGAAGUGAUGAGCUUUCAAGUUAAGGGGGACCUUGAGAAGAAGGAGCUCCAAGACAGGGUGAUGGAGCUCUCAGCCUUGCUUGUACAGUCUCAGAAGCAGAAUGAGGAAAAGGAGAAGACCAUGAAGACACUUAACGAUACUGUGGAGAUUCUAGAGGCAAGUCGGUUAGAGGUAGAAUAUGAAGCUUCAUUGACUAAAAGUGCCAAAGAAGAGAAUCUUGCCCUUCAAAAGUUGAUAAAAGAUAUCAUUGAGGUGGUGUUAGAUGACAGUGACAGCACAGUCAACAAUGUCUGCACUGACAAUUCUCAGCACCCAGAGUCUAGCAGCAUCUCCUCUUACCUGAGCUCCGGCAAUGCAGAGCAUGCCCUUUUAUUGGUGCAGGAAGUGCUGGCAAGGAGGCAAAGAGCAACACAGGCCCUGAAAGAAGAGCUUUCCGCCAACCAGGACUCUAUCAGUGUCCUGCAGCACCAGCACAGACAGCAGGAAGAGGAGUGCAAGAAGUUGCAGCAAAGACUUGGGCAGCUGGAGGAGGAGUGUAAGUUAACUAGCAGCCAGCGGCAGCAUCUCCAGUCUCUGGUAGAAGGACUCAGAAGUGAAUGUGCAAGCCUAGAGAAAAAUAGGGAAGAGCUACAACAACAGCUCAAAGUAACUGAGCAAGAAGCCUGGCGUCUGCGUCAGAGUAACACUGAACUGCAGCUGAAGGAAGAUUCUGCCCAAGGAGAAAAGGUGGAGCAACAACAGACAACAGAAAGAGAGCGCCAGGACCGGGAGCUUCUUCAGAAGGACCUAACUGCACUUGAAGCAAAGCAUUCAUUAUUACAGAGUGAGUUGUUAGUUGCAAGAGAGGCACUGGAGAAAUCUCACCUUCAUAGAGAUCUGCUGAAGCAAGAAAAACAUGAGCUUACAGUGGCGCUGAAGAGGGCAGAGCAGUCUGUAGUAGACCUGACAGGAGCUCAGAAUAAGCUGAGGGCUGAAACAGCUGAUCUACACAUUGCAACAGCAAAGAUGAGCAGUAUUAAUGAAGCUCUGGCAUUAGAUAAAGUGCAACUGAACAAGCUUGUGUUACAGCUGGAACAGGAGAAUGAAGUCCUGUCAAGUAAAGUAGAAGAAAUGGAAAAAGCAAAGUUGUCUGUGCAGGAGAAGCUGAACUUGUGUAAAAGGACAAAUGAAGAACUCUGCACAGAGAAAGCCCAACUAGAGCAGCUGCUGAAGAAAGCAGAGGACCAACAGGAGGGACAACAGAUAGAACUGAGGAGACUGGUAGAAGAGAAGGAAGAAACCCAAAAAAAGCUCCAUCAGAUUUGCCACGAGCAAGAAUCAGCUAGCAGUGAUUUGGAGCAGUUGCGCCAGGAGUCCUCUCAUCAAGCAGAUGUUCUGGCCAAGAUGUCCAGAGAGAAGGAAAUGCUGGUGAAUGAGAAGGCUGCCCUAGAUGUGCGACUGGCAGCUGUGGAACGGGACAGACAAGACCUUUCAGAGCAGCUGGCAGAAGCCAGGUCGACAAAGGAGAUCUUGGAAUCCAGCCUGUUUGAUACUCAGCAGCAUUUGUCUCAGCUGGAAGUCACCAGAGAUCAGCUAGAAAUCCAGCUUCAUACAGUCACUCAGGCCAAGGAGGUGAUACAAGGGGAAGUGAAGUGCCUUCAUUGUGAACUGGAAGCAGAGAGAUCUCGAAUGAAGCAGGAACGGGAAAACAUGGCACAGCAGCUCUUACGGAUAGAACAGCAGUAUAAUGAUACUCUCAGGCUUCAUCAAACUGAUCAUGAACUGGAAAUUGAUAAGCUCCUGCAAGACCUGGCAAGUGAGCGGGAAGGGUACCAUUCGGAGGUACGGGAGAUGCGGGAGCGCUGGGAUAAGGAGAAAGCAGAGGCAGAAGGAGAGCACAAGAAGCAGCUGUUGGAUAUGAGGCAGAAGGUUGCUACCAUGCAAGUUCAGCAAGAAGAGGAACGAAAUAGAGCUGAAACUGCCAAGAAAGAGAUCCUGCUAGAAAAAGAGAACGAGAAGAAGGCUUUAUUAGAGACACUACUUCAAACUCAGGGAGAGCUAACAGAAGCCUGCAAGCAGCUAGAGCAGCUCAGGCGGGAUGUGAAAGAGCAACAAGAGAAUGGACAGAACAUCACAGAAAAGCUGCAAGCACAGCUUCAGGAAGCUCAGAGCAAGUUCAAGGCAGUGGAGAAUAGGCACAAGGAAGAAAUCAAAACCCUCAAAGAGGAAAUGAAUGUCCUUCUUCAGCAGAGGGAUACUCUACAGAAAAAGGUAGAAGAGUUGAAAUCUCAGCUAGCAGUCUCUGAAGAAUCCUGGCAAGUAAUCGGCCAUGAAGCUCAGGAGCAUCUGCGUGAGGCACAGGAAUUGUCAAGGCAGAAGAUGCUAGAGGUUGUGCACCUUGAGAAGAUCCUGGAGGAGGAGAGGAGCCGAUGGGAGGAGGUAGAACAUCAGAACAAAGAACUGCAAAUUUGUAUACAGUCCUUGGAGGGAGAAAGAAGCCAAUGGGAAGAAGCACAACGUCACAACACAGAAUUUCAGGCUUCACUGAAAGCUCUAGAGGAUGAAAGAGCCAGGCUGACUCUGUCUCUAGAGAAGAAGGAACUGAGUCUCAGAACCCUAGAAGAAAACAGCCUUGCCCAGCAGAACGAGGUGUCUAAACUGCUGUCUGCUAUUCAUCAAGCCCAGCAGCUCCAUUCAGACCACAGAAGAGAAAUACAAGAGCUCAACAACCAGGUUCAGUCACUCCAGGAAGUGGUGCUGGAGAAAGAGGCUGGCCUGGCAGCUCGGGAGAAGCAGCUGUUACAGGAUCUGGAGCAGUCUCGAGCAGGCGAACGAUGCUUGAGGGACUCUUUGCGGGUGCUGGAGGCUGAGAUGUCUGAACUUCAUCUGAGGCUUUGUAGCACAGAGAAUAGAGCAAAGGCAUUGGCUACAGAGUGCCAGCAGGCUAAUAGUGCCCACUGUGAAACCCAGGCCCAGCUGAACAAACUGCAUUUGGUUCUCUAUCGCAUGCUGUGUGGCAGCACUGAUUCAAGCAGAGACUUGGUCACUUGGACUUCAGAACAGGAUCAUGUCUGGGGCCUAACUGUUUCUCAGGCCAGGGACCUCCCUGUAGAGAUCACAGUGGACAGAGUGGCAGCAGCCCUACGAGACCUACAGCAGGACCUGAAGCAGACUCAACAAGAUUUGAAUGAUGCCAGGAAGAAGUCACAGGAGUUGGAGCUGGAGCUGAGCAAGAGGCGAGCUGAGAGGGACCAUUUCAGUGCCCACAAUCAAGAGUUGCAAAAACGACUGGCUCAAAGCCAGGAAGAGACACAGAUGGCAGAAGGCAAGAAAAACUCUCUGCAAGCUGCCUUGCAGGAAGAGGCUGCUGCUCUAAAGAAGGAGGUUAUGACCCUACACCAGGAGGUGGCAUCUUUGGAAAGGAGACUUGAGAGCACUGAGAAGCAAAGAAAGGAUAUCCUGCAUGAGCGGGACACACUGCAAGCAGUUAAGGAAGAAAUGGUAUGGGAGAUAAAACUUCUCCAGGAAUCAGUCACAGCUUCUGAAACUCGAGCAAAUGCAGCAACAAAUAUGAAAUACUCUCUUGAACAAGAACUUCAAACUACAUUGUCUAUCUUGAAGAUUAAAAAUGAGGAAGUGGCAGCUCAACAGGAGAAAAUCCAGAUGUUACAGAAAGAAGCAGCAGAGGUGAAAGCUUUGCAAGAAAAUCUCAUUCACCUAACUGCCAUCCUAUCAAAGAGAGAGGGAGAAAUUAAGUUGCAUGAGGAAAAGAUUAGAAUGCUGGAAAACCAGAAAAAAAUGCAUCAAAGUACUCUAGAUGACAUUAUAAAAGACAAAACAGAGAAAAACCAGAAGAUAGAAUCCCAACAAGAACAGAUAUGGGAGCUGGAGAAGCAGCACGAAAUGCAGACAAUGACCGUAAGCAAGAUGAGGAAGGACCUGGAAGAGCGGGACUGGGAGAUCAGAUCCCAGCAAGAACAGAUACAGGAGCUGGAGGAGCAGCGAGAAGUACAGAGGAGCGCUCUAAGUAAGAUCAAUAAAGACCUGGAGGAGAGAGACCGGGAGAUCAGAUCCCAGCAGAAAAAGAUACAGGAGCUGGAGGAGCAGCGUGAAAUGCAAGUAAGUUCUCUAAGCAAUACCAGGAAGGACCUGGAAGAGCGAGACCAGGAGAUCAGAUCCCAGCAGGAACAGAUACAGGAGCUGGAGAAGCAGCGCGAAGUACAGAAGAGUGCUCUAAAUAAAAUCAUCAAAGACCUGGAGGAGAGAGACCAGGAGAUCAGAUCCCAACAGAAACAGUUACGGGAGCUAGAGAAGAAGCACGAAAGGCAGAGUAUUACUGUAGGAAAGAUGAGCAAGGACUUGGAGGAGAGGGACCAGAAGAUCAGAAUACAGCAAGAACAGAUAUGGGAGCUGGAGACGCAGCACGAAAUGCAGAGGGGUGUUCUGAGCAAAGCCAGGAAGGAUGUGGAGGAGAAAGACCAGGAGAUCAGAUCCCAGCAGAAGCAGAUACAGGAGCUGGAGAAGCAGCGAGAAAUACAGAGGACUGCUCUAAGGAACACCAGGAAGGACUUGGAAGAGAGAGACCAGGAGAUCAGAUCCCAGCAGAAACAGAUAGAGGAGCAGGAGAAGCAGCGAGAAAUAGAGAGGACUGCCCUAAGUAAGAUCAGCAAAGGUCUGGAGGAGAGAGACCAGGAGAUUAAAUCCCAGCAGAAACAGAUAGAGGAGCUGGAGAAGCAGCGAGAAAUACAGAGGUGUGCCCUAAGCAACAACAGGAAGGAUCUGGAGGAGAGAGACCAGGAGAUCAGAUCCCAGCAGGAACAGAUAAGGGAGCUUGAGAAGCAGCGAGAAAUACAGCGGAGUGCCCUAAGUAAAAUCAGCAAAGACCUGGAGGAGAGAGACCAGGAGAUCAGAUCUGAACAAGAACAGAUACAAGAGCUGGAGAAGCAACGGGAAAGGCAGAAGAGUACUCUGAGCAAUGCCAGGAAGGACCUGGAAGAGCGAGACCAGGAGAUCAGAUCCCAGCAGGAACAGAUAAGGGAGCUUGAGAAGCAGCGAGAAAUACAGCGAAGUGCCCUAAGUAAGAUCAGCAAAGACCUGGAGGAAAGAGACCAGGAGAUCAGAUCCCAGCAGGAGCAGAUAAGGGAGCUUGAGAAGCAGCGAGAAAUACAGUGGAGUGCCCUAAGUAAGAUCAGCAAAGACCUGGAGGAGAGAGACCAGGAGAUCAGAUCCCAGCAGGAAAAGAUACAGGAGCUGGAGGAGCAGCAUGAAAGGCAGAGUAUUACUGUAGGAAAGAUGAGCAAGGAUGUGGAAGAGAGAGACCAGAAGAUCAGAACACAGCAAGAACAGAUACAGGAGCUGGAGGAGCAGCACAAAAUGCAGAGGAGUGUUCUGAGCAAUGCCAGGAAGGACCUGGAGGAGAGAGACCAGGAGAUCAGAUCCCAGCAGGAACAGAUAAGGGAGCUGGAGAAGCAGCGAGAAUUACAGAGGAAUGCCCUAAGUAAGAUCAGCAAAGACCUGGAGGAGAGAGACCAGGAGAUCAGAUCCCAGCAGGAACAGAUAAGGGAGCUUGAGAAGCAGCGAGAAAUACAGCGGAGUGCCCUAAGUAAGAUCAGCAAAGACCUGGAGGAGAGAGACCAGGAGAUCAGAUCCCAGCAGGAAAAGAUACAGGAGCUGGAGGAGCAGCAUGAAAGGCAGAGUAUUACUGUAGGAAAGAUGAGCAAGGAUGUGGAAAAGAGAGACCAGAAGAUCAGAACACAGCAAGAACAGAUACAGGAGCUGGAGACACAGCAUGAAAUGCAGAGGAAUGUUCUGAGCAAUGCCAGGAAGGACCUGGAGGAGAGAGAUCAGAAGAUCAGAACACAGCAGGAAAAGAUACAGGAGCUGGAGGAGCAGCAGGAAAGGCAGAGGAGUUCUCUAAACAAUACCAGGAAGGACUUGGAGGAGAGAGACCAGGAGAUCAGAUCCCAGCAGAAACAGAUAUGGGAGCUGGAGGAGCAGUGUGAAAGGCAGAAGAGUGCUCUAAGUAAGAUAAGUAAAGACCUAGAAGAGCGAGACCAGGAGAUCAAAUUCCAGGAGAGGAAAGUGAUAGCUCUAGAAGAACAUGGUACAUCCCAAGUAAGUCACCUGCUAGAAGAGCUAGACCAUAUGAAAGCAAACUUGAAGGAAAAAACUUUAGAGCUCAUGUCUCAGGCUCAGCAGACCCAUGAACUGGAAAUGAAGAGAGAACAGGUGAAAUCUCUGCACGCAGACCUUGAACACCUGCGGGCAGCUCUUAGGAACAGAGAGGGUGAGGCUGAGUCUCAAAGGGAUCAGUUAAGAUUUUUUCAGCAGUAUAAGGAGCAGCAGGAUGGGUACCUGCAAGAGCUGCAUGGUAAAUUAGAAAACGUGAUACUCUCUUUAUCUAAAAGAGAUCAAGAGCUUGAGUUGCAGCCAAAGCAAAUCCAGGAAUCUGAAGAAGUCACGCAAACCAAGUUAAAGACUGUCCGUGACCAACUGGAGCAGACAUUAGAAACUUUAAAAGAGAAGGUCAGACACCUAGACAUUCAAAUGCAACAAACAAGGAAAUAUGAGGAAAAAACAGAAAAACAGAUGAAAGUGUUACAUAGAGAGUUGGAACACAGUAAGGCAGUAUUGAGAGAAAGAGAAUCCAUGAUUAAAUCUCAGAAGGAACUGAUUGAGACCUUCCAAAAACAAGAACAGCACUCUGAACAGCAGAGGGAAAUUCUGGAACAUCUUAAAGUGGCAGUAAAGGAACAAAAGCAAGAAAUUGUAUCCCUUAAAAAGCAAUGUGCAGAGUACAAGGAAAAGGAGGAAAAGGACAAAGCUGAGCAAGCAAAUCUUCAAGAAACAAAAGUAACUCUGAAAGAGAGAGAAAGAAAGGUGGAGUUCCUGGAGGAGGCUAUCUCUAAGAUUCAACAGCAAAAAGAGGAGACAAUGAUGCAGACCAAAGCUUUACUACAUAAACUAGAAUACGCUGAAUCUUCUCUAGAAGCUAGAGAGCAGGAGAUAGUGUCUUUGCAAAAGCACAUCCAGGAGCUUCUAGAGCAGAAAGAAUUAGAAGGCAAGCAGGCCAGGGGCCUACUGGAGGAUGUAAAUAAAAUGAGCCAGACAGUGAAGAGCAACAGUUUGGAGUUCCCCAAGCAGACAAAGCAAAUUAACAUGUACCAGCUUCGUGAAGAAAGUAUGAAAGUAGCACUAACAUCUUGCCAGAAGCAAGUGAGUCUGCUUGAGGAAAUGGUGAAGAGGAGAGAUGAAGACAAUGAAACUCUUGUGCAAAAACUUCAGCACAAAGAAGAAGAACUGAAGACCUUGCAGAAUCUCCAGUUUAUGCUGACUGAAAAGAAAGAAGAGAAUAGGUAUCACAAAGAGCAAGAGAAGCUCCUGGAAGAAGUCUUGCAUGAGAGAGAACAAAAGACCAAAGCUCAAGGUGAGCAAAAACAAUUAGAGGAGGAGGAGAUGAGAGGUCUUCAAGAAGAUCUCCAGCAUGUUCAGCAGACUCUGGCCAAGAAGGAUGAAGAGAUCAAAUUCCAGAGAGAGAGAGUUAGGUAUUUAGAGAAGACUCUGACAAGGAGAGAACAAGAACUUCAGAAGCAGAGUGAAUUCCUGAAACAAUUAACAUCAGCAUUGCGAUGGAAAGAUGAAGGGGAAACUCUAAAGAAAAAAAUUCAGAAACUCCAAAAAUGGGAGGAAGAAGAAGCAGAAAAGAAGAAAGUUCUCCAGGAGAGAGACCAUUUCCUGAAAAGGCAGAACGAGCUAGCCCAACAGCUGGAAGAUGAGAGGAAAGUAAAGGGGCAGGAAUUGGAGCGUGUGAUUGCUAUUUUGAAGCAGACUGAAAGUGGAGAAAUCGAAUGGAAAGAGAAGGCACAAGCACUGACUCUUGCCCUUACCAAAAGUGAAAUGGCCAAUGGGUCUUUAAAGGAAGAAAUAGCCAUCCUACAGAGUAUGGUUUCAGAGAGGGACAAGGACCGGUUUCAUCUUCAGCAAGCUAUUGCUGAAGGAGAGCAGCUGUCGUGGCUCCCUGAGAAGAGACUCAUGCAGCAACGGCUGGAAUCUCUGCAGCGAGCAGUUGCAAGACUGGAACAUGAGAAAACUGAGCUGAAGCAACUCAACUCUGAGCUCAGAAGGACUCUUGAGCAGGUGGAACGUGAACGGAGGAGACUGAAGAGGGAUUACACUGGUCAGUCGCUACCAGAUGCAUGCAGGUUUUCUCUCUCUGAGUCUGACCGGGACAAGAUGCCUGCUUCUAGACAGGAGAAGACUCAUGCUCUCUGCAGACAAUUAUCUGAGUUACAGAACCAGGUGUUCUUUCUAGAGCGGCAGUUGGCACAAGAACGAAAAUGUAAACAGGACUAUGUUGAGUGCUGUGCAAAGACCAGCCAGGAACUGCUAGACCUUCACCAAGAGCUGUCCCACUCCUUAGCAGCUGUGGUCAGGGAGCCCAAAGCUGCUGUUCUGGAGGCAGAGACCCAGAAGCUGGAUUGGUCUCUGAAUCAUAACUUGGCACUAACACCUGUGGACCACCAGUCUUCUGACAGCCAGCCACUGCAUUCAACAGCCAGAGCAGCCAGAUGUGGUGAGCUGAAGUAACCAGACAAGGUACAACGAAGGGCAUCAGCAGGAACAAAGUCAGAGACCUGCUGUAGCAGGUGAACCAUGCAGGGGGAUUUGAUGAAAACAUGAGUCCUGAGGUAAGAGAGAAGUUCAGAGCAGCGUGUUCAGUGUAAGAGAUAUCCAGCAGGAGCAGUGAUGGGACAGACUGGGGCUAGCUUGUGCAGAUGAGGUCGGUCAUUGGCCUGGAAAAGGAGGAUAAACCUGCUGAAGUGGUAAAAGUGUCUUCAUUUUCUGACACACUCCAUCACAGCAUGCCUAGUCAGCGUCUAGGUGGCUCUCCAACAGUUAGGUUUUUCCCAUCAAUUUAUGUGCUGUUUACAAAGACUUUUUGUCUUGUUUUAUUUUUUCAAUAAAGUUAUUUCUCCAGAA